AUGGGUUCGCGGCAGCAUCUCCGCGAUAUCAAGUCCGGUCCCCCACUUCACUACCAGGAUGAUAUCAGAGCGUACACAAGGGAGUAUGCCGAGGCCCUCGACGCACAAGACCCUCUACAUCCAUUCCGAGACGAGUUCAUCAUUCCCUCCAAGCAAGACUUGAAACGGCAGACCCUGUCAGGAGAUGAAGGUCACGAUGAAGCUUCUGACCCCCGAUGCAUUUAUCUCUGUGGGAAUUCUUUAGGUGUUCAGCCUCGCAGUACUCGGCGGUAUAUCGAGCAAUAUCUACGCACCUGGGCAACUAAAGGCGUGACUGGUCACUUUGUGCCGCACGAAGAUCAAUUGCUGCCUCCAUUCGUCGAUGUCGAUACUGCUGGAUCCAAAUUGAUGGCACCAGUGGUGGGCGCCUCCCAAAGCGAAGUGGCGGUAAUGGGGACUCUCACUGCCAAUCUCCACCUUCUUAUGGCCAGUUUCUACCAGCCGACGAAUGAGAAGUAUAAGAUUAUUCUCGAAGGCAAAGCAUUCCCUAGUGACCAUUACGCAAUUGAGUCUCAGAUUCGUCACCAUAAUUUUGACCCAAAGCAAGCUAUGGUUUUGAUCGAGCCUGAGGACCUCGAUCACCCAAUUCUCACCACGGAGCAGAUUAUGAAGGUCAUUGACGAAAAUGCCUCCAGUACUGCUCUAGUUCUUCUCUCUGCCAUUCAAUUUUACACCGGUCAAUACUUCGAUAUCCAGCGAAUCACAGCUCAUGCUCACUCCAAGGGCAUCUUGAUCGGUUGGGAUUGUGCCCAUGCCGCCGGGAAUGUAGACUUGCGUCUGCAUGACUGGGAUGUAGAUUUUGCUGCGUGGUGCAGCUACAAGUAUCUCAACAGCGGACCUGGUGGCAUGGCUGCACUUUUUGUCCACGAACGCCACGGACGGGUAGACAGUGAAGAGACAUUCCGCCCUCGAUUUUCAGGCUGGUGGGGUAGUGAUCUCCAGACACGCUUUAGAAUGGAAAAUAAAUUUGUCCCCCAGCCCGGCGCUGCUGGCUUCCAGCUCUCCAACCCCUCCGUUCUGGACAUCAACGCUGUUAUCGCCUCGUUGGAGAUCUUUAAUCGGGCAACGAUGAAGGAGAUCCGGCAAAAGUCACUUCAAAUCACGGGUUAUCUGGAACACUUAUUACUCAAGUAUCCCCUGAACGCCCUCCCAGAAGAUAAGCCGUUCACGCUUAUUACACCAUCCAACCCAGGAGAGCGAGGCGCUCAGCUUAGCCUACGGCUGCAGCCUGGACUACUAGAUCACGUUUUGCACCACCUGAAAGAGAAGGGAGUGGUGAUUGAUGAAAGGAAACCCGAUGUCAUUCGGGUGGCUCCUGCGCCUUUGUAUAACACGUAUGUAGAUGUGUGGGAGUUCUGUCAGAUAUUCUUCCAAGCUUGUCGGGAGGCCGUCAAGGCUCUAGGUUGA